ACCCCCAUCCCUCCAUCCUCCCCACUUGCCCUGAAUUAACUUUUGCUGCUGCUGUUUGACAGGCAGCUUCUGAACCAGCCCCCCUCUGUAGUGCUGAUCUAAAAUAAAACUAUCUCCAGCCUGCCGCGCUCUACUCCCAGCUCAACUCACUCCAGAGAUCCACCCCAGGGGGGACUGGCAGCCAAGAACCCAAAGAGCCACCGGAUGGACAGACAGAUGCCUUAGCGGAAGGACAACUUACUAUUUCUUCCUUCCCACCCAACUUAACAGUGCUGGGAUCCAGAUUUCCAAAGGAAUCAUCCGUCCCCCUGUUUUGCCUCACUUCUGAGCUCCGGGCUGGUGCUGCAUUGUGCCAACUGCUUGUCAAGAUCUGGAGACCCUUGGCUGUUGGGGUGGUAACCCGCCAACAUGGGUAUUAAAGCAAUGUUACCGAGUUAUGAGCUGGGUUUCUACGCUCUGAUCCUGACUUGUGCGGUGGUGUACAGUGGAAACGGGAUCUUUGAGGCAUCGAGAGAUAAUGUGAACAGAAAAGCCUUUUGGCAGGGCAUAAAGCCAGGCUGGCAUUACUUCGGCAGGAAAAUGGACGCAGCUGACUUUGAGUGGGCGAUGUGGUUCACCUCAUUCAGGAACAUCAUCAUCUUUGCCCUUUCAGGGCACAUUCUGUUCGCCAAGAUCUGCUCCAUGGUGGCUCCUCAGCACAGAUCUGUGGUUUACAUGCUCUAUGGGAUGUUGGCUGUGCUGGGCACCAUGGGACGUGCCUACCUGAUGAUUGUCCUCUCUCACUGCAUUGUGCUCUACAGCGUGGCACUGGCUAAGCAGAGGUGGUUGUGCUUUGCGGCCGGGCUUUGCAGCCUGGCCUCUUUCAGGCUGGAACCUUUCAGCACGUGGCAGAAUGGUUUUGUAACAAGAACUUUUGAUCUUCAAGAUGUUCUGUUUUAUGGAGGAAGUGGCUUUACCAUCGUGCGUUGCAUGAGCUUUGCGCUGGAGAACUCUGAGAGGAAGGAAGGGGUUUACUCCAUCGUUGACCUGCUGAAAUAUAAUUUCUACCUCCCGUUUUUUUUCUUCGGACCCAUCAUGACCUUUGAUCGAUUCUACUCUCAGGUAAGCACCAGCGAGCUGAGACGCAAAGACAAUGAGAUGUGGAACAUUCGCGUCCAGGCUUUUCUCCACCUGGGGGCAAUCGUCGCGGUGGACGUGUUUUUCCACUUCUUCUACAUCUUGACCCUUCCUGUGGACGUGAAGUUCGUGAGUCGGCUCUCAGACUGGGCUUUAGCUGGCCUGGCCUACUCUAACUUGGUGUAUGACUGGGUGAAAGCUGCGGUGAUGUUUGGAGUUAUCAACACCAUUGCUAGGUUGGAUCACUUGGACCCGCCGCAGCCCCCAAAAUGCAUCACCAUGCUCUACGUCUUUGCAGAAACGCACUUUGACAGAGGGAUUAAUGACUGGCUAUGCAAGUAUGUGUACGAUCACCUUGGGGAGAACCACAACAAUGUUGUGAAGGAGCUUCGGGCUACCAUCUGCACCUUUGCUGUCACCACCCUGUGGCUGGGCCCCUGCGAGAUCGUUUACAUCUGGUCUGUCUGCAACUGCUUUGGACUGAACUUCGAGCUCUGGGUGCAGAAGUUUUUCCAGAUGGAGCCCUUUGGCAGCAUGGAGGCCAACAUGUCAGAGCCGAUGUCUCGGCGGAUUAGAGGGAUCUUCGGGGCUGCAAACUUCUGGGCUAUUGUCCUCUACAAUGUCCUUGCCCUCAACAGCCUGGACUUCACGCUGCUGGUUGCCAAGAGAAUCCUUCUGACAGGUUUCCCAUUGAGCACCUUGUCCAUCUGGUUCAUCACCUAUUGCGGAGUGCAGCUGAUCAAGGAGAGGGAGCGCCUCCUGGCAAUAGAAGAAGAGAAACGAGACAAAGAAAAGGCAGCAUAGAGAUGAGAAGAAGAUUGGCCCAGACAGCUCAGCGGCAGCAUCACUUCCUCCCGGCCAUCCAGGCCUAGACCCCUGAAAUGGGGCUAUCAGCAUUCUUUGCAGUCAAACUACUGUAUCUCACCCAUGUACAAACCACCUGUAAUAAAAAUC